GUUCACGGAGACUACAGCUCCCAGGGUGCAUUGCGCUCCUCCCGGCGGUCAGUGGGGGCAGCAGUGUGCGCAGAAGACAGAUCUGUAGUGCUGAUGAUUUCGGUGCGGCUCCUCCAGUCUUGUAGGCACAUCUCAUCUGUCUUGGCGAAAUCCAGGUAUUAUUCCACAUCGCAGCACGCAAUGGAGAAGCCCGUGGAGACGUCCAUCAGGUCCAAGCUGACCCAGAGCCUGGCACCCUGCCACCUAGAGGUACAUAAUGAGAGCCACAUGCAUGCUGUGCCUCCUGGGUCGGAGACCCACUUUAAAGUGGUGGUGGUGUCCGAGGUGUUCAGCGGGAAGCCGCUCAUACAGAGGCACAGACUGGUCAACGACUUGCUGAAGGAAGAGCUGGCCGGCCCUGUUCAUGCUUUGUCUAUCCAAGCUAAGACUCCCGAACAGUGGCAAGAGAACCCCACUGUCACAAAGAGCCCUGGAUGUAUGGGGGGCUCCAAGCACGACCCCCACAUGAGCAAGAAACUGAGUGCUUGA